GAAAUAGUUUCUUUGGUCAAAUGUAUUUGAGAGGGUAAACGGGAGAGCAUGGCAGACAGCUGGGAGGACUUGGAAGAGGUGGAAGUUAAAAUUCCCAGUGACCGAAAGACUUCAGACUGGAGUUGGAACGUGGAACUUGAAGAAGCCAAGGAGCUUCUUGUCCAUACGAAAAAGGAAUCAGAAAAGCAAGCUGCCAUAGCGGAGGUUCAGAAGAAACAACAAAAGAAGGGUCAGAAAGUCCAACUUGCCUCGAAAAUCCAAGAGCGAGAGUUACGAGAAAGUACAAAGAAGCGUGGACUCGCCGGAAAGGCUGAGAAUGAAGACGAGUUGAUGGGUAUGAGUGAGGCAGAGAGAAAGAAAUUUUUAGAAGCCCUUGAGAGGGAAGCAGACUUUCAGAACGCAAAAGAAUUAUUUGGAAAUGGAGGCGUCGACGAGAGUCUGGACGCUUUCAGACCGGAAACGGAUGCAGAUCUCGAGAGGUUCUGUACGCUUAUUAGUAGGAAACUCAUAGAAGUUACCAACAAUCGAAGAGGAGCCACAGUAUUGAAUUUUUACAAAGCGCUUUUGAAGAAUGUGACGGGUGAAAUGAAGGUGGAGGAUAUCAAGGAUCUGGCAACUCAUGUAAAUGUCCUUGCCAAUGAAAAACUGAAAGCGAAUCAGGAGAAGAAAAAGGGCAAACAAAAGAAGAAGGCAGUUGUAAAAGUGGAUGCAGAAGAUGACCUGGCUUCAUUAGAAGACGACUACGAAGAUUUCAUGUAAUAAAGUCAGUUUUGAACUUUGUUUCCUGAGGGCAUAUCUGUCUGUUUGAUCCA